CCAGCCCGUGUGGGUUGCUUGCACUCACAGCCCCAUCCCCACGUGGCCAUGUGUCUGCCCACUGUGCCCCUCUGUAAGCCCCUACGUGUGUCCUUUCACUGCGCCACUUCUGGAUGCUCUGUGUCAGCCUGGAAAAAUCCAGGUGCGGCUGUCACCUCCCUGUGGUUGGAUGGGACGCGCUCGGGGGCGGCGGGAGUUGGCUGUGCAUCAGCUGCUGCCGUCUCAAUAGCUUGUUUACAAGGAUGCAAAUACUUCACAAGCGAAAAAACCUGCAGCCUAAAACGGCCGCUGCGUCCCGGUGGCACCGCUUCGUCGGCUGUAUUUGGACUUUUCAUUUCUGCUUUCUCCGAACCCCUUUCUGCGGCUGAGCAGCAGGGCAGCGCCAGCAGAGCGGGUGCCCAGGCACCGCACCGGGCCGCGCCGGGCAACUCCAGCCCCGCACAGCCGGGAGCGAAGCCAUAAACAGCCGCGGAGCGCCGGGUCGUACAGCAGCGGGGAGCUCCGCACCGCCUCGAGCCAGCCGCAGCCGGGAACCCGCAGCCGGAGCUCCGCCGCCGCUGCGUAGCUGACCCGGCUUGGCGUUCGGGCACCGGCUGCAGGCGCAGUCUCCCCACCCCCGCCGCCGCUCCUCUCUUAUCAGACCCGGGGGGGGGCAUCUGCGGGCGGUGCGGAGCCGCCGCCGCCGCGCUCCUCCUCGCCGCUCCCCCGGGCGUUGCGGGCGGGCCCCGGCCGGACCCUGUCCCCUCUCGCCGGGGGCCGCCCAGUCUCUCCCGCAGCGUGCUGUCAUUGACCUCCCCCCGCUGCGGCUGCGCGGCCGCGGCUCCCGGCGCCGGCCCUGCAGAUGGGGGCGCAAAGAGGUUUCCUAGCCUGGGGGCCGUUCCUGGAGCAUGGGAGAGCGGGGGUCCCCAUAUCGGCACUGGGACCAGUGGCACUCAGUGCCUGGUUCCUCGAGCUGCAGCCAGUGAGGAGUGGGGCAGAGCUGCACAGCGCGGUGGACCAAGUGUGAGCACCGAGCCGGACACCGGAGCACCAGUCCCUGUGGCUGCAGCUCAGCCCCUGACCCAAACUCACUCUUGCAGAGCAUCUUGUCAUGGCAAGCACCCACACAGAAGAGCCACUUGCUGAGGACACAGCCGACCAUGAUGCACACAUCUAUGAGGAGGUGAUGCUCUGUGAGAGGAUGGAGCACAGCCAGCGGCUGGCUGUGGAGGAGCUCAUCACCACUGAAGCCAGCUAUGUGCACAACCUCCAGCUGUGCCUGUCCGACAUCCGGGCUCACCUCCAGAAGAAGCAGCUGCCUGGUCUUGACCUGGAAGGACUCUUCUCUAACAUUGAUGACAUCCUCCAUGUCUCCAGACGGUUCCUGAGGGGACUUCAGGACACUGCUACCCAGGAGCAUGAGCAGCUGCUCAGCAUCAGCACUCUGUUCCAGGAGUUCAAGGAGGAGAUGGAGAUGGUCUACAAGAUCUACUGUGCUAGCUAUGAGCAUGCCCUCCUGCUGGUGGAGAGCUACCGCAAGGACCCCAGGCUGCAGGAGGAGAUCAUGGAGACCCUGACCACAACAGUGCCUCACACGAGCGCCUCGGACCUCAGCUUCUUCCUGGUGAUGCCGGUGCAGAGAGUCACCAAAUACCCACUGCUGCUGGGCAAGAUCCUGGAGAACACCCCUGCCAGCACCAGCUCUCACGCAGCCCUCGCUGCAGCCGUGCGUGCCAUGACCCAGGUCAAUGCCAACAUCAACGAGUACAAGCGGCGCCGGGAAGUGGCCACCAAGUACAACAAGGCUGAGCAGCUGACGCUGCGGGACCGCUUGGCUCGGCUCAACACCCAUUCCAUCGCCAAGAAGACCACGCGGCUCAGCCGGCUCCUCAUGCACGAAGCCGGCAUCGUGGCCAAGACAGAGGACAAGGAGUAUGAUGACCUGGAAGAGAAAUUCCAGAGCGUGGCAUCCAGUGUGGUUGCACUGAAGGAGAACGUGGCAUCCUACCUGAAGCACUUAGAGGCAUUCCUGCUGCCCACCCCACACAAGUGUGAGCUGCAGAUGGAGGAGGGCCCUGCCCAGCAGUACCGCCGCCUCGCAGAGCACCUCCACUGCGCUGUGUUCCCAGAGUUUAGGCGCCGGCUGGACAGGCUUGUCUGGCAGCCCCUCUGCAGCCUGGCAGAGAUGCUGGUGGGGCCGCAGCAGCUGGUCAAGAAGCGCCUGGACAAGCUGCUGGACUACGAGGAGAUUCAGGAGAGGAGGAGCGAAACGGGCAGUGUGACAUAUGAUGAGGAAGCAGCCAUGAACACCUAUCUGGCCAUCAAUGCCCUGCUUGUGGCUGAGCUCCCGCGCUUCAACCAGGUGGCCAUGCAGCUCCUGGAACAGCUCCUGGGCUCCUUCUGCGUCCUGCAGCAGGACUUGGCUGCAGAGAUUCUGCAUGAGGCUAAAAAGGAACUAGAGCAGAUGCCCCAUGGCCACAUGCUGCUGCCCGCUUUCUGGAGGCUGGUGGAGGACACCCUGCAGCAGUCAGGAGUUCAGCUCUCUACCUUCAUCCAGGCAUUUGAGACUGUCACACCAAGCCCUGUGCCACAGCCCCUGAACCCUGCUGAGGAGCGGAAGGUCCUUUCCCUUGUGAGCAAACACGGCCCAGACAAGCUUUACCAAGUGACAAGCAACAUCAGUGGCAGCAAAGACAUGGACCUGACCUUGCAAAGGGGGCAGAUUGUGGCUCUGCUGCAAAGUGUGGAUACUAAAGGCAACAAGGGCAGAUGGCUUGUGGAUGCUGGAGGUCCCCGAGGGUUUGUGCCUGCUGCCAAACUCCAGCCCUAUUGCCUGGGACCAAGCCAGCAGCCCAGGAUGCAGAUGUCAGCCCUGGAGAGUGGUACAGAGAGAAGGCGACAUUCUUAUGUGUCACCUGAAGCUCCUAAACCCCAGGUGGCCACAUUCACCCCGGCUUUCCAGGUGGUCGCUGGCUUCUCCUUCACAGCACGCAGCCCACAGGAGCUCAGCCUGCAGGCAGGGCAGCCCGUGGUGGUGCUGGAGCCGCACGACAAGAAGGGCAGCACCGAGUGGAGCCUGGUGGAGGUGAACGGGCAGCGGGGCUACGUGCCCUCCAGCUACCUGCGGACAGUCCCUGUGCAGGAGCCCAUGGGCUGGAAUCUGCCCGUGUGAGCAGCACCAGCGCAGCACCCGAUGGCUUCGUGCCGCUCACGGAGGAGAGCUGUCUGAUUGGCACCCGAUGAGCUCGUUGCUGAGGGAGUGGCUGCACAGCCCUUGCCUGGGGAAGCAGCAGAAUGUGGCCCAGGGGCGGUUGCAAGUGGGGAGAUGUGCUUUGUGCAGCUGUGCACAAGGGCAGGAAAGUGCGAGGGUGCCACGUCCAUGUGUGUUUGCUUCUGGCUGGGCAGCACGGAGAGAAGACUUGGGAUGGAGUGACAUGUGGCUGCAGCUCGGCAGGGAUUCAUUUUGGUGAGAAAAAUGCCUGUAGUGGUGAUGAGAGAACCAUCCCUGAGUAAAUCACGUCUGAGCUGCAAAGACCGCAGUGCUGCAAACGGGGCUCCAGCCUGGCACGUGUCUCUUGGAGACGUGCUCUCCACAAAACGGGUGGGAUGACGCUCCCUUGUGCCCACCCACACGGCCCAUCGCCAUCUGGGCAUUGGUUGCCCCCGACGCCAGCGCUCUGUCACCUCUCGGCCACCAAGCCCUACUCCUGCUCCCUGCACUGCGGUGCGGUGCUGCCGAGGGCCGCUGACGCUCCCGGCGCGAGAAGCGCUCUGUGCGCGACCGCAGCUCUUGGCUGUGACGGUACGAGACUCCGGUGCGGCCGCAGCCGUCCCCGGCCCCGUGCCCACGGCGUGGCUGCGCGGCCGCGAGGUGGCGGCGCCGUCCCGGCACAGCUCAGCUCAGCUCAGCACCGCAGCGCCGCGCCUCCCGCCCGCGGCUCCUCCGGGAUCUUCCGUUGCCAAUCGCAUCGCGUGGAUCCUCGGUGCCCGCGGACGUUCCCUGCAGAUGCUCUCCCCGGGACGUGCGCUGUUACGGGGUGUGAGGACGCGGGGCACCGACGUCUCUCACUUCUCCCAUUCUAUCACCCCAACUGCGCUGGUGCACAGAGGCUUCGGCUGCUCCCUCGGGGUCAGCGCAGGGCACGGGUCCCUUCCAGCCCAACCACGAGGAAGAAUAAAGGGCACAAGCGUGCCUUUAAAUAGCGCGGCGAGGACACGCUCUCCCGAGAGGAACGCUCUGGCCGGGCUGGUGGAACAUGCCUGUGCCCGGGGGGCGGCUCCUGGCCAGGUGCCCACCUCAAGGUCAGGCAUCGCCCAGAGCAGCAGCUCGGCAGCAGGGCCGUGUGUGGGGCAGCCGCUCACCAGCCUGGGUUUCAGCAUGCGCAGGGCUCUGGUGGCGGUGGAGCUGGGUGGCACUGCUGCCCACAGCCUCCGCUGGCCAGCAAGGGACUCGGCACUGGCACUGUGCCUGAGCUGAUUCAUAUCCUGGACAUGCUGGCAUUUGGAUGGUGUCCACCCAGAGGGUGCGACGAGGAUCAGAUCUGACCUGCUGGCCCUGGGCCGGCUUGUUUGUGUGCGAGGCGCAUAGUGACCGAGGCACGGCUGGCAUCGCCGAGGGAAGAACGGCAUCCAUGCAAACUCCAAGGCCUGGUUCCCAAACCUGGGUCCAUCCCAGGGACGCAAUGUGUGCAGGGCUGUGGUGUGUAGGGAACGCAGGGCUGGAUGCAGAGCAGCACAUGCAGCAGGAUCUCAGGACCCAAGGUACCUGCAGUGCUGCGCUGCUGGGGGGCUGAGCCCCGCAGAUGGUGGCCACAGGGCUGGGAGAUAGGAGCACAGGCAUGAGCGGCACUGCUUGCUCCCGUCUUGCACAGCCAGCACCUGAAUUGUUUAAUAAAGUGUGAAAUUGCUUUCAUGCUCUGCUACCUUUGCAGACAC